AUGCGUGCGGGAGGGGGCGCGGGGGGGGAGGAGGAAGAGGAGGAGGAGGGAUGGCGCGGGGAGGCGGCCGCUGUUUAUUUGCAGCCGGGCGGGCUGCGCCUCGGCAGAGCGCGAGUGGCCGGCGGCGGUCCCGCUGCCCGCCCCGCACCAUGCGGGCGCCGCUGCCUCCCCGCACGGCGGCGGCGGCGGAGCCGGGGCAGCCAGAGCGGGGCCCCUUGCCCCUCGGCGGGCGGGCGACGCGGCGGGGCGGCGGCGGCGGCGGUGCUGGCGGGGCUGUGCGCCCUCUGCUACGGCAACUCCCUGCGGGGCGAGUUCGUGCACGACGACGUGUGGGCCAUCGUGAACAACCCCGACGUGCGGGCGGCCGCCCCCGUGUCCGCCGCCUUCGCCAACGACUUCUGGGGCAAGCGCAUGGCCGAGAACACCAGCCACAAGUCCUACCGGCCCCUCUGCGUCCUCACCUUCAAGUUAAACAUAUUGCUGGCUGGUAUGAACCCCUUCUAUUUCCACGCAGUGAAUGUAAUUUUACACUGUCUGGUGACUCUUGUGCUGAUGUACACUUGUGACAAAGCUGUGUUCAAGGACUGUCGUCUUGCUUUUGUCACGGCGCUGUUCUUUGCUGUGCAUCCCAUUCACACCGAGGCUGUAACAGGUAUAGUAGGCAGAGCAGAUGUCCUCGCCUGUCUACUCUUUCUGUUGGCUUUUCUCUCCUAUAAUAGGAGCGUGGAUCAGUGUUAUGUUGGGGAACAUUUCCCUCCCACUGCCUCCCCAUUCUUCUUGCUGCUUAGUUUAUUCCUUGGGACGUGUGCAAUGCUGGUGAAAGAAACUGGAGUCACUGUGUUUGGUGUGUGCUUGGUCUAUGACUUCUUUUCUCUCUCCUACAAUGGACUGAAAUUGAGCAAUGGGCCCAUCCCACCAAGGCCCGGCCGGCUGCCCAUGGGCUCUCCGUGUGCCCGGGAGAACGGGAAGCAGCGCUCGGCUCCGCGGGGCUCCUGGAGCACGUCCUGGCCCKCGGCAGCGCCCGGCUCGGCCGUGUGUGCCAUCCGCAGCUACCUGACUGCAAAUAACAACCAGAACUUCUUGUAUAGCGCGAGGCCUUUUUUGAAGAGGGCUGCUUUGGUGAUAAGCUAUGUGAUCCUCGUGCUGUAUUUCCGCCUCUGGAUAAUGGGAGGCUCCAUGCCGAUGUUUUCAGAGCAGGACAACCCAGCUUCAUUCUCUCCAUAUUUACUGACCAGGUUUUUAACUUAUUCCUACCUUCUGGCCUUCAACGCGUGGCUCCUGCUGGCCCCCAUCACCCUGUGCUACGACUGGCAGGUGGGCAGCAUCCCSUUGGUGGAGUCCAUCUGGGAUGUCAGGAAUUUAGCCACGGURUUCCUGGUGCUGGUGAUGACAUUGCUCAGCCUACACUGCAUUGCUGCGUUCAAGAAACUGGAACACAAAGAAGUUUUGGUUGGCUUGUUGUUCCUGGUUUUCCCAUUCAUCCCAGCCAGCAACCUCUUCUUCAGGGUGGGAUUUGUGGUGGCAGAGCGAGUCCUUUACAUGCCGAGUAUGGGCUACUGCAUCCUUUUUGUCCAUGGUCUAAAAAAGCUGUCUACGUGGCUAAAUAAAUGGAGAAUUACUGUUCUGACYCUCUUUGCUUUGCUGCUGCUGCUCUUCUCUUGGAAGACCGUGAAGCAGAAUGAAAUCUGGCUGUCACGAGAAUCCCUUUUCAGCUCAGGAGUGAGGACCCUGCCCCACAACGCCAAGGUGCACUACAACUACGCCAAUUUUCUGAAAGACCAGGGCCGUAACGUUGAAGCAAUCUACCACUACAAAACUGCUCUCAAGCUGUACCCUCGUCAYGCAAGUGCUCUCAACAACUUGGGGACGUUGACCAAAGAUGUGGUGGAAGCAAAGGACUAUUACAGACGGGCCCUUCAGCUGAACCCUCAGCACAACCGAGCUCUCUUCAACCUCGGCAACCUGCUCAAGUCCCAAGGAAAGAAGGAGGAAGCUGUAAUCUUGCUGCGGGACUCCAUUAAGUAUGGCCCAGAGUUUGCCGACGCCUACUCCAGCCUGGCCUCGCUGUUGGCUGAGCAGGAACGACUUCAGGAAGCUGAGGAGGUCUAUAAAGCCGGCAUUGAGAAUUGUCCAGAGAGCUCCGAUCUGCAUAACAACUACGGUGUUUUCUUGGUUGAUACCGGGUCUCCCGAGCAAGCCAUGUCCCACUACAGGCAGGCCAUCCUCCUGAGCCCCACUCACCACGUGGCCAUGGUCAACCUGGGCAGGCUBCACCGCUCCCUGGGGCAGAACAAAGAGGCUGAAGUGUGGUACAAGAGGGCACUGAAGGUAUCCCGGAAGGCUGAGAUCCUGUCCCCACUGGGGGCUCUCUAUUACAACACGGGGCGCUACGAAGAAGCGCUGCAGGUUUACCGGGAGGCGGCAGCGCUGCAGCCUUCCAACAAGGACAUCCGCCUGGCACUGGCUCAGGUGCUGGCGAUGAUGGGGCGGACGAAGGAAGCUGAGAAGAUGACGAACCAUAUCCUUGGUGAGGAUGCUGAGUGUCUGGAGUGCUACCGCCUUCUCUCAGCCAUCUACAGCAAGCAGGAGCUCUAUGCCAAGGCACUUGAAGCUAUAGAAAAAGCKCUUCAGCUAAAACCAAAGGAUCCAAAAGUCAUAUCAGAGCUCUUUUUCACUAAAGGAAAUCAGCUAAGAGAACAGAAUCUYCUUGACAAGGCUUUCGAGAGCUAUAAGCGGGCUGUGGAGCUGAACCCAGACCAAGCACAGGCCUGGAUGAACAUGGGAGGCAUCGAGCACAUCAAGGGGAGCUACAUCACUGCCCGUGACUACUACGAGAAAGCCUUACAACUGGUUCCAAACAGCAAGCUGCUGAAGGAGAAUCUGGCCAAACUGGAUCGCUUGGAGAAACGAUUUCAGGAAGUCCAGGAGAAAGACCAAACAUAGCAAUCAGUCACCARCAGAAAGACACUCAUGCCCCUUGGAGAAGAGGAUGGUGGAAGCCUGUUGCUCAAAGUGAUGCUGAAGGAACUUGGAUAGGACUCAGUAUUAUGGAAGGCAAACUCUGAAUGCAUGCUUAGGUUUGACCAAAGUUACAGGAGACACUCCUCUCCUGUGGGACAUGCUGGAGCAUGAAUGAAAACCUUCCUUUAAUCAAGAUUUACAUCUAGGCUGAACCCAUUGUAGUGACACUGGGARUGUGGGUGGGACAGGUACCUUCACUAUCUUGGUUGUCACCAGGGAAACCAUGGAGACACAGCACUCAUCCAUUGMAGCAGGGGUGAAGUGGCACCUCCUGUUACUCCACACAGGCUCACCUCAUCCAUGUAGAGUACCACUGAUGGGCUUCGUUGCAAGUGCUGCAGAGAGGAAACAUGGUCAUAAUGGUCACGUAAAUAAGGUUCCAAGGGGUUAAUGCUGAGGAAAUGGUGGCCACUUUUACAGCUCUAAAUGUGACUUGAAAAUUAUUCUAAAGAAAGGGAAAACUAUUUAAAUAUCACCCUGGAAGGAUGAUUCUACAAGUAGGACAGAUGAUCCUUUGAGGGAAAACCUAGCCUGAAUGUUUUACUCAUUAGACAGUAAUUUUGUAGUAAUUCAGGUUCAUGAUGUCACUUUUGUCAAAUAUCAUAUGGCUUUACCCUUUGCCCUCUCCCUCCAGGCCAAAUAAUUAUUACUCUGGAAAAAACUGAAGCAUCCAAAGCCAAUGGGAAGCUGUAGGAUUAUUUGUCCUCCUGCUCAAUCCCCUGUAUGGAAAACAAACAACCUAUCUGAUUAAUAUAGGAGGUGAAGUAAAGCCACAGAGAGAUUGGGGAAGAUUUGUUAGCCUGGAUAGGUACGAAGGAGGCUCUUUUGUGGGUGUACAGGGACAAAACUCAUUUAUCAUGSUGAUAACACUCACAAAAUACUUGGUCGAAGUGCUCUCACCACUCCCCUAAGAGAUACAGAAAAUGACCUAUAGCUGAUCAGUCAUAAAUCUAUAUUUUUAAAUACUGAGGUGGGAAAGCAAAUUCUCUUCAGAACUGGGGCUUUUAUUUUUGAGCUUUAUUUAUUUAACUUAUAAUAAUCAAAUAAUUAAUAUAUUUUCUCUGUUUUAUAYGAAUUGGGCAAUAUCCUCCACAGCUGGCCACGUGGUUGGGCAUUGUGACUCGUAUUGUCUGAAGUUAGAAAAAGGGAGCACCAGUGAGGCCUGCUGGAAUAAUUCCCUCUGAUGRUUCUAAGGCAAGUGGCUGCAGAGCACAUUGGGCCACACUGGCCCUGCAGUAGCAGCACUUCUGCUGCUUCCACUGGGGUUUGCACAAGUUCACAGGGAGCAUUAGUGGGAUCCUGCUUYGUGCCUUUGGGUUUGGACAUCAGGGUAGGUUGUCAGUUCGUUCCUCUUGCAGCAGUAAACUGCUAGAAAAGUUGUYUUGUUUGGGCUUGUCUGUGACCAGACCCUGCAGAAGAGCAGCCCAGGGUUUGGCAUUAUUAGUAAAGGACAGUUCAGAUUAGGGCUGCGAUGCCUUAGAGCACAUCUGUUAGAAGAAGCCUGAGUGGCAGGCACCCCUGURGUGCCCAGAAUCAGCUGGUGCCAGCCAUGGCACCUCAGCAAGCUCUAGAUUCACUCARUGUGAUGGUUCAGCCACGUGCUGGAGGUUUUGCUGGUUUCCUUUGAAAAGCCUCAUGUCAACUUCUACUGGUGGUUAAAUUACUGACAAAUCAUUGAUGUGACUUCAGCUGCAGUAGUAGCUCAGAGGGAGUCCAGGUGCAGUUGUCUGCYCUGCCAGGGUUUAUGGACCCACCAGAGCCAUUUGCACCCUCUGAGACCAGGCUGGACUGGCCCCACUGGCCAAGGAGACCGGCCAGUGCCUGCAGCUGGGCAGAGGUGGGAGGGUGGCAACACAGGUGCUUGGGCUCUCUCCCUUCAAACCAGCUUCCCAGGGGAGCACUGGGAUCAGAAUAAACAAGUUGUUUUGCUGGUGAAUUUUCUGCCCCCAGCCCAAGCAGCCUGCUUUGCUUUAUGGGGCCAGGGGUUGGUUUGAGCCCCUGGGGCUGGGUCAGUAAUCAUCCCUUGUCUUUUCACACGUUUGGUACAGCCCUGACAGUAGCACCAUCCAAACCCCCAUGAGGAGGAGGCAUCUACAGAGUGCUCCAGCAGCCAGCUGAAGCUUGGGGGUAGGAUAGGGGGAGAUACCCCUCCUUUAAAACUGUAUCAGCUAUAAACUUUGCCUCAUAAAGGUAUAUUAAAUAAAUACUAUAUAUUCUACAGGCCCCAUUGCCAGUGUGUGGCUUUAAAUUGUGGCCAAUGAAACAUAUUUUUUCAAAUACAGAAGUUGUAUUUUUUAUAGCAAUGCUCUGUGARAGGGAAGACUUAGUUUUACAUUUUUAACCUCGGCUCAAAUCUUUGUUUGUCUUUCCUGAGAGACCUGGUAGAAAUUAUUGUCUCCUUCUUGUCCUAAAAUCGGAUCAAAGCCAUUUUGACCUCCUAAAACUGGUUUAUGUGUAGAAGUAUAAUACAGCUUUGGCUGCCCCCCUCCCACAUCCUGGAGAAGGAUUGAUUACCAUUUGUGCAACACUGUCUUACUUGCAGAAAAUGGAGAAAGAUGAGACCUUCCCAAUAAGGGCAGUGGUUUGGUUGGAUGACAAGGCAAAUCCACUUGGCUGGAUUAGGCAGAUAACAUAUCCAGGGAUUUUAAUGCCAGUUGAACCAGUUUACAUUUCUAUGCCAAAAGGCCAACUCUCCCCGUUUUGGGGCUGGGUUUAUGGUGGUUAUGGAGAGAGGAAGGCUCAAUAGGGAGCCCCACGUUCCUGAACCAGCACUUUAUAGCCCAUCUAUGCAGGAUGACAGUCUGCAAACUGGCAGCAGAUUGGGAGAAUGGCUCAGACCAUGAGCUACCAAAGCAAUUAAACCUGGUGAAGUUCUGAGCUGACUCCCUGUCCUGAUGAAACCCUGUGUUUGUUCAGGGCAUUAAUCAUGUCAAGGGUUUAUUUCAGGCAAAGAAGAAURGAGUGUGAUGUGAAAUGGGUUACCUCCACCUAUUGCUAUUGCUAUUGGAAUGCUAUUGUGAAAGAUAAAUCGAGCAGCUUACCUUGUGAUAACUUUAUAUUAUCUUAAUUAAUCAUAGGAAAUGUUCUCUUCCUCUAGCAGUGCAGGUUCUAAAAUAGUGCGUUAUAAAUACGUUGUUUUCUGCCGAGUCCAGUGCUCAGCAUGGUUAGCAGAGACUGUAAAUUAAUAAAUGGCUGAAGAUGUGCCUGGUGGGGGAGAGUUCGCGCUCUCUGCAAGUUGCAUUGGCUAAACCUCAGUGCUCACUAAUAUUAAAGCAGAGAAUUAAUGGAAAGCUGGUCAGACAGGACUCUCAUGUAGUCACUGUGCAUUUUAAUCCUAAAUGAGAAACAUCAUAAUUGUGUUGUUUUCUCCUUUCCCCAUGAAUAAUAUUUGCAGCUGAUGGAUUUUAUUUUAUUUUAUUGCUAAUUUAAAUUCGAGCAUUCUUUGCUUCCAUCCCUUUUCCAUCCCCCAGGAUAAAUGAUGCAGUGGGGGGCAUUUUCUCUCUCUCAUGGAUGCCUUGGGCUAGAUUUUCCUACAAAUGUGCAGGCAAUUUGUUUUGGCCAAGCAGUGAGUGAAUGCAGCAGUGCAAAUGGGCUUCAUUUCAGAGAUCUCGAGGAGGGCAGGGGGCUGUGCAUGCAUGCAUGUGGGUAGAAAGAAGUAAAAAAAUUCAGAAUAAAGAGCCUAACUUGCAGGGGAGGCUGRACACCCCUAAAUGAGCUAAAAUCUAUGAAAGCUUUUCCACAAUUACAGAAAUCAGGCCAGAAACAGUGUACUAUGUUUGGUGAAAGAAGAUAAUYAUAAAUCUAAUUUAUUAAUUAAUCAGUUUGGAAUAUCAUUAUAUGGUCUUUUGCCCCUCUUGUCCUCCAGCUCAGUGAAACWGCUGGUGUAUGCUUAAGUCUUUUCAAUCUUUAUGUGAUUAAGGUGACCAAGUGCUCAAUUUCUAUCUUUCAUAUAUGCAAUUAUGCAAAAUCUUUCAAAAAAAAUUGGCCCUUGGAGGGCUUUUCUCCCAACCUUCAGUCUCUUGCAGCAAUUUCAAAAUUCACCAUUUUGCUUUCGCAGACAUUUAAACCCAGCAGCAAAAUUAAAAAAAAAAAAAAGAAAAAAAAAGAAAAGAAAAAGAAAAAAAACAGCGCUUGGCAUUCACUGGUGUUUUAAUGUGGCAAAGUUGCUUCAGGUAACCUUGAUAACUUUUGCAAAAGUUCAUUGCCAUGUUUGUACUGACUUGCUGAAAAUAUUUUCUUCUGGAAAAUACCCCCAGUGGUAUCCUCUGUAAAAGUUACAGCUUCUACAACUGUAUUACUGUAGAAAUCUCUGCCUGAAGUGGGUGUCAYGCUGCGUGUUCCUCUCAUGCAGGAGUUGUUUGCAUUGCCUGUUGUUCAUAUGGUUCUAAUUUCUGUAUCUAAUUUUUUUAAAUUAGUUGUGCAUAUCUUUUUAUUAAAAAAAAAAAC